CACUCCAAGCCCAUUCUCUGUGUGGAUGCCACCGACGAGCUGCUCUUCUCCGGAUCCAAAGACUGGAGCUGCAAAAUGUGGAACCUGGUGACGGGCCAGGAAAUCGCCUCGCUGAAGGGCCACCCCAACAAUGUGGUGUCCAUCAAGUACUGCAACCACUCGGGGCUGGUCUUCACCGUCUCAACCUCCUACAUCAAAGUGUGGGACCUCCGGGACUCGGCCAAGUGCGUCUGCACCCUCACGGAGAUGUUCCUACCCGCCAGCGCUUGCGUACGCUGACAGAAGUGAUCACAGAGAGUUUCUAGUUGGUACCGUAGUGACCUACUCCUGCAGCCCAGGUUACACAUGCAUCCCUGGAGUAUCUCCUCAUGUGGCUUGUUUUACAAAUUUUACAUGGUCUAGAAUCUCAGAACUAUGUCAGAAGACUCGUUGUCCAAAGCCAGUGGUUGAAAAUGGAAAACAAAUCUCUCCAGUGGAAACUGAAUAUACAUAUUCCAACCGUGUGGUGUUUCAAUGUGAUCCUGACUACAUCCUCAGAGGCAGUGAGGGGAUUGUGUGCCGGAGCGAUGGGAUGUGGCACCCUCCAGUACCAUUUUGUGAUAAAUCCUGUGGCCGACCUCCAACUCUCAUGAACGGGCUGCACAAUGGUGGGAUGAAGGAAUAUUUCCCCUAUGAAUCACAAGUGACCUAUAGCUGCGGAGACGGUUUAUCACUGAUUGGAGAGUCCUCCAUUUAUUGCACAUCUGAUGGGGUAAAUAUGAUGUGGAGCGGGCCUGCCCCGCAGUGCAAAGUGGUUCACUGUCCGAGGCCACAGGUUGAAAAUGGAAGAAUGACGACUACAAGACAAGCGUUCACAUACGGUGUCACUGUUCAGUUCUCUUGCAAGGAAGGCUACCUGCUCCAUGGCAGUAGAGUGAGUCAGUGUCAGGAUGACAACACCUGGAAUCCUCCUGUGCCAAGUUGUCAGCCCGUUCAGUGUUCAAAGCCAGACGUGAAGAAUGGUCAAUGCAUUAGAUGAGAAAAUGUGGUACAAUGUAAAUGAAAGCAUUACUUUCAAAUGCUCUCCUGGGUACCAUUUUUCAGACCAUUGGUACCUGCCUACAACAGACAGCUUGAGCAUUACUUGCUCAGCCAACGGCAACUGGACAGCAUUACCCAAAUGUCAAAAGCAAAGCAAUACUGAAGAAUGCGCAGGAGCACGUGAGAGUAAAGAGUUUCUCCAUUGUGAUGUGCCUCUGACAGAACUGAGAACCCUGCUGGAACUGAAGAAACUGUAUCUGGAGAUUCAGAAACUGAAGCAGGAGAUUAAAAAAUUGUAAUGACUAGCUGAAAUCUGUGAUCCUCAUUGUGUUAGGAAAGUGAAAGCAAGUAGAGGAACUAGAUUGAACUGUAUGAAUUGAAGGUUUAUUUUCAUACAAGCUUCAGACCCUAUGCAGCUGGAAAUUUACGGCAACAACCUUCAGCUUUGCCAUAAUUGCUGCUUACAUUUAGCUUUUAUGCAUUAUAACACAUACAUUCACAGUGGGUGUAUGGCUCUUCUACUGUCUGAUUUACAUUAACCUUAAGGGCAGUGAUGUUCAUAACUCCCCGUUCACCACUGAAAAUCUAAGGGAUAGCAAAGCAAUCUUCCCUGUCUUCUUGAUUUAAACUCAGCUCAGCAGACUUUCUUCUCAAUCUGACCAGAUCUAGUUUUGAUUGAUACCAGGGUUAUCACCUGAAGCAUUUUUAUAUCUAAUCACACUCAAGAGUAGAUGGUAGAAAUUUAACUGUAGAGAAACAGCCUGCUAAGCCAUUUUCCCGUUGCCCACUAAAUGGACCUAUACCUUUUGAGAUCAAGUAAUUAUUCCUGCAUUCCAGGACUACAAUAAAAUGCAAUUGUUAUAACUGCUGAUUG